AUGACUGCAUCCUCCACAUCUUUACUUGAAAUCAUUGAAUCAGUUGACUCUUUUAAAUGGAAUGACAGUUUUUACAAAUUGUUGACACACGAUGGGCAAUCAGUUCUCGGCUAUAUAACUCCGUUCAAUGCCAAAUUUUUGGAAACAACAGCAUCUUCAUUUGAAGUAAAUCAUGAAAAGAAAACAAUCAAAAUCUCUGGAGAAUAUGACACUUUUGAAAAAAGAAACGAAAUGUUUGCCGAAGUGGGUAAUAAAUUGAGAUACUUGCCUGAAUUUGACGAAUUACUUAAUAAAGGUUGGAGAAAUGAAUUAUACACGGUGUAUUAUCCAAGUACUGUUCCUUAUAUAUUAAUUGAAAGAGCAUUUUCUGUAUUAUUAGGUGUUGUAACGUAUGGGGUACAUAUCAAUGGCUAUGUUGCUCCAGAAGAUUCAUCUAAUGGUAAAUUAAAGAUGUGGAUCCCAAGAAGAUCUCUCACAAAGCCAACUUAUCCUGGAAUGUUGGACAAUACUGUUGCUGGAGGAUUAGGAUACCCAUAUGGAUUAGAAGAAACAGUGAUCAAGGAAUGUUAUGAAGAAGCAGGCUUAGAGGAAGAAUUUGUUAGAUCACAUAUUAAGACCACUGGUGUUGUUUCUUACAUGUAUUUAACUAAAGACGGACGUGUGCAACCCGAAGUCGAAUAUAUCUAUGAUAUCAAGUUUGAUAAUGAAGAAAAUAUUAUUAAACCUCAAGAUGGUGAAGCAGAAGAUUUCCAGCUUUUAGAUGUGGAUGAAAUUUUAGAUAAACUUCACGAAAAGAAAUUCAAACCAAAUUGUGGAUUAGUCAUUGUGGAUUUCUUGAUUAGACAUGGUUUUAUUUGUCCAGAUAAUGAACCUAACUACUUGGAGAUUGUUUCCAGGUGUCAUGUUAAAAUGCCAUUUGCAUGUAGAUAA